AUUAAAUGAUUUAAAAUGUCUCUACCGCUCAUCUCAGUCAGACGGUCGUACGCUAUAUCGCUCUCUCCCGUUGCUAGCUCCUCUUCCCCUUAGGUCGCACACAGUCGACACCACGCCGUUGGUCUAGUAUCCAGAGGGCGGAUUUUUUUACUAGAGAUUAGAGAAGCAUGGAUGACAGUUUGUAUGACGAAUUCGGUAAUUACAUUGGACCGGAAAUUGAUUCCGAUAGGGAAAGUGAUAGGGAAGAGGAUGACGACGAGCUCCCUGAUAGGGAUGAUGUUGAUGAGGAUGCAUCUGAUGGUGAACAUACACAUGGAGCAUCAAAUGGGUGGCUUAUCAAUCAAGAUGAUGUUGACAUGGAUAAUCAAGUUGUCCUUGCUGAGGACAAGAAGUAUUACCCUACAGCUGAAGAAGUUUAUGGUGAGGAAGUGGAGACAUUGGUGAUGGAUGAAGAUGAACUGCCCCUCGAACAGCCAAUAAUCAAACCCGUUAAGAACCUCAAGUUUGAAUUGGGUGUCAAGGAUUCAUCUACGUAUGUUUCGACUGAGUUUCUCUUUGGUCUCAUGUCUAACCCCACAUUAGUUCGGAAUGUUGCUUUGGUUGGACACUUGCAUCAUGGGAAGACAUUGUUCAUGGAUAUGCUGGUAGAGCAAACUCAUCACAUAUCUACAUUUGACCAACACAGUGAGAAACACAUGAGGUAUACAGAUACAAGAAUCGAUGAGCAAGAAAGGAAGAUCUCUAUCAAGACUGUACCUAUGUCAUUAGUUCUUGAAGAUAGUAACUCCAAGUCAUAUCUAUGUAACAUCAUGGAUGCCCCUGGUCAUGUCAACUUCUCUGAUGAAAUGACUGCUGCCCUUAGACUUGCUGAUGGUGCAGUCUUGAUUGUUGAUGCUGUUGAAGGUGUAAUGGUAAAUACUGAAAGAGCUAUAAAACAUGCAAUCCUAGACCGCCUUCCUAUUGUUGUUGUGAUCAAUAAGGUUGACAGGCUGAUUACAGAACUUAAACUACCCCCUAAGGAUGCCUACUUUAAGCUAAGGCAUACUAUUGAAGUUAUCAAUACCCAUAUCACAGCAGCAUCUACCACAGCUGGAAAUGUCCAAGUCAUUGAUCCUGCUCUGGGAAAUGUUUGUUUUGCAAGUGCCACUGCCGGAUGGUCUUUCACUCUCCAGUCUUUUGCAAAACUUUAUCUGAAGCUACACGGAAUUCCAUUCGAUGCGGAUAAAUUUGCAUCCAAACUGUGGGGAGAUUUUUACUUUGACAGCGAUAGCAGGAGUUUCAAGAAGAAACAACCUGCUAAUGGCGUGGAAAGAUCUUUUGUGCAGUUUGUUCUCGAACCCCUUUACAAGUUGUACAGUCAAGUAAUUGGAGAGCAUAAGAAGAGUGUUGAAGCAACUUUAGCAGAACUUGGUGUGACCCUUCCAAAUGCAGCUUACAAGCAAAACGUUAGACCCUUACUGAGACUCGCUUGCAGUGCUGUUUUCGGUAGUUCCACAGGCUUCGCUGAUAUGCUUGUACGUCACAUUCCAUCUGCCAAAGCAGCAGCACCUAGGAAAGUUGAGCACAUAUAUACUGGUCCAAAAGAUUCUGUUAUUUAUCAAGCAAUGGAAGAUUGUGAUCCUGCUGGCCCUUUAAUGGUCAAUGUGACCAAACUGUAUCCUAAGGCGGAUUGCAGUGUAUUUGAUGCUUUUGGUAGGGUCUAUAGUGGAGAACUCAUGACAGGACAAACUCUACGUGUUCUUGGAGAAGGGUAUUCACCAGAUGAUGAAGAGGAUAUGACCGUAAAAGAAGUAACAAAGAUCUGGGUAUAUCAGGCGCGAUACAGAAUACCUAUAAGCAAGGCUCCUCCGGGUUCGUGGGUUCUAAUUGAAGGUGUUGAUGCUUCAAUUAUGAAGACUGCUACACUUUGUAACGCUAACUAUAAUGAUGACGUGUACAUAUUUCGGCCUCUUCAGUUUAAUACUCUUCCAGUGGUGAAAACAGCAACCGAGCCUUUAAAUCCGAGCGAGUUGCCAAAAAUGGUGGAGGGGCUUAGAAAGAUUAGCAAAAGCUAUCCUCUUGCAAUCACUAAGGUUGAGGAGUCCGGGGAACACACGAUUUUGGGUACUGGAGAGCUAUACUUAGAUUCAAUAAUGAAGGACCUUAGAGAGCUCUACUCUGAAGUGGAAGUGAAGGUUGCUGAUCCAGUUGUCUCCUUUUGCGAGACAGUGGUGGAGUCAUCCUCAAUGAAGUGUUUUGCUGAAACUCCGAAUAAGAAAAACAAAAUCACCAUGAUUGCUGAGCCCCUGGAGAAAGGACUUGCUGAGGACAUUGAGAAUGGUGUUGUGAGUAUAGACUGGCCAAGAAAAAAACUUGGUGACUUUUUCCAGACGAAGUAUGACUGGGAUUUGCUUGCUGCACGAUCUAUUUGGGCAUUUGGACCUGAUAAGCAGGGGCCUAACAUUUUGUUGGAUGAUACAUUGUCAAGUGAAGUCGACAAGAGCUUAUUAAAUGCUGUUAAAGAUUCAGUUGUUCAAGGGUUUCAGUGGGGAGCUCGUGAAGGACCAUUAUGUGAUGAGCCCAUCAGAGGCGUCAAGUUCAAAAUAGUUGAUGCAAAGAUUGCUCCAGAGCCAUUGCAUCGUGGAACGGGCCAGAUAAUCCCUACUGCAAGACGUGUGGCGUACUCAUCCUUCCUUAUGGCCACCCCACGGCUUAUGGAACCUGUAUAUUUAGUUGAGAUACAGACACCUAUCGACUGUGUCUCUGCUAUAUUUCAAGUAUUGUCACGCAGGCGUGGACAUGUUACAGAAGAUGUUCCUCAACCGGGUACUCCAGCCUACAUUGUCAAGGCAUUUUUACCCGUUAUUGAGUCAUUUGGUUUUGAGACGGACCUGAGGUAUCACACACAAGGGCAGGCAUUUUGUGUGUCUGCUUUUGAUCAUUGGAGCAUUGUUCCGGGCGAUCCUCUAGAUAAGAGCAUUGUUCUUCGUCCACUAGAGCCCGCUCCAAUUCAACACCUUGCCCGUGAAUUCAUGGUGAAGACGAGGCGUAGAAAGGGAAUGAGCGAGGACGUGUCCAUCAACAAGUUCUUUGAUGAUGCCAUGAUGGUGGAGCUCGCGCAACAGGAUGCAGAGCUUCAUCAACAAAUGUUUUAGUGACACGAAGAAACCCAACUGGAAAGUACCCAUCCAUGAAUGAUCAUCAACUCACUGAAACGAUAAACUAACGAGGUGGUUUGGAUCAAAUUAACCAGAACUAUUGGGAUUAACCUGCAAGUUGUUUACCUAGUAGUCUUUUCUUUGUUCAAGUUUUGUUUUGUUUUUGUUGUUACUGUAUUAAAUACCUCAUUAUUGCAUCCACCCAUCCUUUGACAAUGGUUAGCUGUAUGUAUGAGACGAGGAGUAUCCAAGGCUUGUAUCUUAAUGCCUCAUCUUUUAACAUGGCGAUGCAUAAAUUGUACUACGUAUUUCUUAACACAAAGACAGCAGAAAAUGGUAUGGCAUUAUAAGGUCGCAAUUGAACGGAUCGGGCAAGCUCAAAGCCUCAAAGUAGUCAAAAAGUGCAACUUUCAAUAAAAAAGAAUUAGGUCCAUCUGGACACUGGACAAAAUCUCAGCCAGGCGAUGCAGAGCUCAUAUAAGAAGAAAGUGGAGAAAACAAAUGGUUAGUUAAGGAAAUUCGAGUUUAUUUUCUUAUAUACAGAGUGUUUGUUUUCUUUAUCUUAUAUUCUUAUGUAGAAGAAUUAAAUUAAAUUUAACUCCGACGUCUUUCAUAUUUCUCAAUGCAUUGACCAUUAACAUACUACUACUACGUGUUGAAUAAAUUAUUAGUAAAAUGAUAAAAU